AUCAAACUAAGCCAUGAAAAUCAGAUUUUUCUGAGUAACUUUGUGUAACACUUCAUAGUUUUCUUUGCCCUUUCCUAAGCUCAGUUCAUUCCAUCUCUCUCAUUCUCUUUCGUCUUAGUAAGUCAUCAAUUCAAAUCCAUGGAAGCAUCUCAAGCUCAAAGCAAAAGUGACGAUGGACCCAUGGUUACUGUGCUGAGUAUUGAUGGUGGUGGCAUUCGGGGAAUCAUUCCCGGAAUUUUACUUGCUUUCCUCGAAUCAGAACUUCAGAAACUGGAUGGUGCUGAUGCAAGACUCGCAGAUUACUUUGACGUGAUUGCAGGAACAAGCACUGGUGGAUUAGUCACUGCAAUGCUCACUGCUCCAAAUGAAAAGAACCGACCCUUGUAUGAAGCCAAAGAUCUUAAGAACUUCUACCUUCAGCAUUCCCCAAAAAUCUUCCCACAGAGCAGUAGCUGGAAUUUAAUCGCAACGGCGAUGAAGUACGGCAGAACUCUGACCGGACCACAGUACGACGGCAAGUAUUUACACAAGCUCAUUAGGGAAGAACUCAAGAACAUAAAAUUGGAAAACACAUUAACCAACGUCGUUAUCCCAACAUUUGACAUAAAAACCCUUCAACCCACAAUCUUUUCCAGCUUCCAGUUGAAGAAGAGGCCAGAUUUGAAUGGGUUGUUGUCUGAUAUAUGCAUUUCAACCUCAGCAGCACCAACCUUCCUUCCAGCUCAUUCCUUUGAAACCAAAACCCCCGAUGGUACUUCCAAAUUCGACCUCAUAGACGGUGGUGUAGCAGCAAAUAACCCGGCACUGGUGGCGAUGGCAGAAGUGUCGAACCAUAUCUGCAGUGAAGGUUCAUUCGGAAAGAUGAAUGUGAAAGCGAUGCAAUACAACAGGUUUUUGGUGCUAUCGUUGGGAACGGGUGCUCAGAAACAAGAAAUGAAAUACAGUGCUGCUGAGGCAUCUACUUGGGGUGCGUUGAGCUGGGUUACCACCACCACCGGCACUCCUCUCAUCGACGCCUUCACUCAUGCUAGUUCUGACAUGGUUGAUUUCCACAUCUACUCCGUUUUCCAAGCACGCCAUUCUGAAAACAACUAUCUCCGAAUCCAGGACGAUACUUUACCUGGGGAAUUAUCUUCGGUUGACAUUGCCACGGAGAAGAAUUUGAAGGGUCUCGUCCAAGUUGGGGAAGAAUUGUUAAAGAAACCAGUUUCACAGAUUAACUUGAGGACUGGUGUUCAUGAAACUGUUGAUUCUGGCGAAACAAAUGCAGAUGCAUUGAAGAGGUUUGCUGAACGACUAUCCAAACAGAAGAGAUAUCGUAAAUCUGAAUUGUCUGCUUAUGGGAAUUUUUGAAAAACUUGUUGGUUGGUCAAUAUGAUAUAUGAUUGGAGUGAUGAUCCAUUUCAUAGUGUUAUUGAGUCACAAUAAAUUGAGUGUCUUUACAGUAUUGCAUCAUGUGCUGUAAACGCUCUGUGUUUCUUUGUUUUCCUGUUACCAAAGGCUUUGUAAUGUAAUCAUUUUGGGUUAUACCUAAAUUCAUUUUAUUUUAAAA